AUGACUCUUCCUCCUCCCAUCUGUCUCUUGUUGAGAAUAACAGGUUCACCUUUUCUCGACCAUGUACACCACCCGCCAUGUCCAUCGAACUUAAAACGUUUUUCAUCAGUAAAUAUCACUUUCUUGAAGUCGACAUGGUUUGUUAUCCACCUUUUGGCACUUCCCAGCCAUGCCUCCUUGUGUUUUCUCGUUAGUGUAAUUUUUUUCUUGAUUUUAGCAUACUUAAGUCCAAUUUCGUGUAGCUUUCUUUGUACAGAUGGAACACUGACGUCAAGUUCACACUUUUCCUUUACUUUCUUCGCUGUCACCUUUUCUCGAGAUGAUAACAACCUCGUAGCACUUCUCUUCAUUUUUCUUUCUGUUCUCUUGGAAAUUGUUUUUUUUUCCGUACUCUAUUCUUCUUCUUCCGCUCAUAGUCUGUACUUAGCAUGUAUUCAACUGUUGACUUCGCUAGCUUCAUCUCAGCGGCGAUCUUUCGGAUGCUGA